CUGUAGAGUAACGUAGUAAAGAAAAUUUAGCGAUGGAGUUCACGAACGUUUUCUUGUCGAUUUUCUUCCUAUUUAUUUCGAAAGUAAUCGCAAAUGAGGACUCAAGAGGAUAUCUUCGAAGAGAGCAUUCAAUUUUUAAAGGUGCUGGACCUUCUAUUCCAUAUUGGGAUUUUCGUGGAAGUACAUUUAUAUCAAGUAGCUACAUCAGAUUGACACCUGAUCAUCAGAGCAAGAGAGGUGGCCUGUGGAAUAGUGUGCCAUGCCAUGUUAAAGACUGGGAAAUGCUGCUUCAUUUUAAAGUACAUGGUGUUGGUGAUAUGCUGUUUGGUGAUGGAUUUUCAUUUUGGUAUACCAAGGAAAGGAUGCAAGAAGGUGAUGUAUUUGGUAGCAAGGAUUAUUUUUAUGGUCUUGGUAUAUUCUUUGACACCUACAGUAAUCACAAUGGUGAACACCAGCACGAGCACCCUUAUAUUUCUGCAAUGAUUGGAAAUGGUUCUGUUCAUUAUGAUCAUGAUCGAGAUGGAACACUAAGUCAAGUGGCUGGCUGCUCAGCAAAUUUCCGUGGGAGAGGUCAUGACACUUAUGCUCUGAUCCGUUACUCAGGAACACAGAACCGUCUUACAUUGUUUGUCGACGUCGACAACAAGAAUGAGUGGACGGAUUGUUUUGAUGUGAGUGGAGUUAAACUGCCGACUGGGUUGUAUUUUGGAGCGUCAGCAGCCACUGGUCAACUUGCAGACAAUCACGAUAUUAUAUCCAUGAAAUUCUAUGAAACUGAAAUUCCAGUCACGGCAACUGAUGAUGAAGGCGAUGUUGAUCGCUCCAGAAUUGUGCCUGUCGCAACUGGAGCCGAACCGUACAGAGAACGUGUUGAGGACGUACAAGGGAGUUUCUCGUCAAGGACUGUCAAGGUUUUUACAUGGCUCUUCUGGUUUGCUCUUGUUGCUUGCUGUGUUAUUGGAGUUUCUCUCUAUGUCUACCAGAAACGCCAAGAAGACUCCAGGAAACGGUUUUACUAAGAGACAGGCAUGGACGUUCAGGAUACUUCAAAGUGAUCCAGUUUUGUCCGAGUGAAUAAUGCUUUCUGUUUUCGCGCGCUCAAGGUCGGAGAGAAAUGGAUGUUUACUCGGACAGAUUUAAUUAGGAGAAAAUGUUUUGAACAAUUAUCACUGGAAACUUCAGUCACUACAUGCAUUGUAGACAUUGUGCGUUUGAGGUCCGGAACAAGAACAAGUUUUGGUAAAUUCUUAAUAUAAAACUACCUGGCAGAGGUUGUUUAUAUUAGUUCUAGUUUCAUUUUUGUACGUUGUGUUGUUCGGAUUGCGCAAUGCCACAAAUCGAAGACGAAAAAAGCAGGCCCUGUCCACACUGCACCGGAGAAAUUUGAAAGCGCAGAUUUAUUUCUACAGUUAAAUCUACCGUCCCGACCAAUCCGUCACGAAAACGGAGCUUUUCGAAAACGCUCUUCAAACCGGAAGAAUUUGAAAACGAAGCUUUUCUAAAACGGUGUAGUUACAAUAAUCGUGUGACUUCCCUGACAAGGUUUUCCUCAAACACAAAUUUAUCCAAACUGACCGGUGAUUGUUAGGUUUUGAAAUUCCUCCUGCGUUGUGUGAACGGAAGACAUUUGAAAUGUUUUCAGAGUGAAACCUCCGUUUUCAAAAUUCUCUGGUGAAAUGAAGACGGGGCCUAACACUACUGCAAUACAAUGGAACCUCGAUUUAACGAACUUCUACAUAACGACGCCCCCCUUAAUAUAACUUACGAAAUUCUUCGCCCGGCCAGUAAUAGUAAAAUAUAUGUUUAAGAACCCCGAUGUAUUGAAUCCUCGUCAUAUGGAACAUAUUUUGCUAGUCUUUUAGCUCGUUAUAUCGAGGUUCCACUGAACAUAACUUGGGACACCUGUGGGGAAGGGACAGCCAAAUGACUAUUUUAUCAUAUCAAUAUUCCGGAUUCGCAACCAUUAGAAUUUAUGUAUGUAUGAUUACAUGCUAAGUGGAGCAAACUGAGAGUGAUCAUAAUAAGUUACUAAGACAAGAGAAUGUUUGCCACCACUUAGCUAUCUUGUAAAAGAAUUUAUAUGUACUCUUGUGGUUUGGAAUGAUUCUAAUACUGUUCCAUUAAAUUAUCAGCUUGUUAGA